AUGGGUCUUGUUUUAAGAGGUUUUCAUCAACCCAGAGAAAGUGAAGGAACAAACUUAGAAGAAGAAAUUAACGAUUUUGAAUUAACAAAAAGACAACUAUUGGAAAAGCAUAGGAAUGACCAAUUUAUAUCGCGCUUAAUAAAUAUGGACGAAAGUAAAUGGUAUGAGCAUCCAAUUUUUGGUUUGACAUUUGGAUUUAAAGGCGUAAAAAAUGUUGUUUUCAAGACAUACAAUGAAAAAGCUUGUAUUACAAUAGUUGCUACCAUUACAUCUAACGGAGAACAACGAUUACCAUUAAUGAUUCUACUUAAAGAUUCAGAAGAAUGUAAGACUUUUGCUGAAAAAUUUCCUAAUAUAUAUUUUGUUGAAUCUAAUAAAGGAUGGACAACAGAAACAGGUAUGAUAAAAUACAUCAAAUUUAUUGUUGAUUUUUAUAAAAAGAAUUACUUCUCACACAAUCAAGCAUAUUUUCGUGAAAAAGAGAAUCAGCACAUAGACUUAAUCGUAGACAAAUAUCUGUCUCAUAUAGGCGGUCAAAAACUGAAACAAUGUUUAGUAAAAAAUAAUGUAUCAAUUUAUUUUGUUCCGUCGGAUGCCACAGGUAGGUGUCAGCCGCUUGAUGUCAGAGUCUUCGGGGCUCUAAAAGGAUCAGCAAGUAAGUUGUAUUGGCAAGAAUUUAUCUUUAAUCGAAAUUUUCAAUUAAAUAGAACAAAUUCAAUUCGUAUUCUUGAGAAAGCAUGGGAUCAACUCGACAAGAAAACAAUCGCAGAUGGAUGGAAAGAAUACGAAAGAAUUAUGAAAUUUAAUAACACUGAUAAUAGCAAAAUUUAUGCUCAAAUAAAUAAAUUGCAUGGUGAUGUCUACGAGCGCAUAAUGAAUAUAAAUGAUCAAUUGAUUCUCAAAAAAAAUGAAUUCGAAAUUAUAUAA